GGCCGGCAUCGCCCUUCUGCUCCGCUGCGACGCGGCAUACCUCGCCGCGCCUCUCCUCGCGGCGCUGACGGCGGGGCGUGCGCCGACGUCGGGGCGAGGGGUGCUGGUGGAGGUGACCUGUGAAGGCCUGGCCGCCAACCCCUGCCGUUGCGGCGAGUCGCUGCCUACCUUCCGCUGCGGCUGCGGGCUGCGGAUGUGCUGCUGGCAGUGCCACCGGCAGCAUUGGCAAGAGCAACGGCACCUGUGCCAGGAGCUUUCGACCGCAAAGGGCCACACAGCUGAGGUCGCAGACGUCGACGUCACAGAGCUUCCAAUGGUCCCCUUGGGUGUGGCCAUUCCUGUCUUGGAUGGGGGGUUGCUGGCGGAGCUCGCAGCGCUAGUGGCGACGUGGCUUAAAGGCCUCGUGAGGCCGUCUGAGGAGGCUAAACGAAAAAAGGAUGCCUCCAGUACAGGUCAAAGAGAAAACCGUGUGGAUGAAGCCUAUACAGCCUGCACCACAUUGCUGCAGUUGUCCUGCGGCAACCAGGCUUCUCCACUGUUCCGCCCGUUGGGCGGCUCCUGGUCUAUCAUCUAUGAGGGGUUGGACCGACGCACCGGUCCAACAUCCUCCCUGGUCGCCGCCGCGUUGCACGCGGCGGCGGAGUUCGUCCAGGGCGCCAAGGCCCCGGACCUGCGGCUGCAGUUCGCCCUGCUGGUGCACACCGAUGAGGCAGCAAUGUCCCGCUUCGUCCGUGACGUCGAGGGCGCCAUUGUGUGUCUUUGCAAGGACAUCGGCCCCUCCACUGAGCCGCUUCUCACAGAGGAAGGUUUGCUGAACCAAUGGCGUAGCGACAUUGAGGCCUUUCGCCGCCGCUGCAAAGAAAUUUGGGAACUCUAUAUGUACUUCGUCUUCCUGGAUGUGAAGGGCGACUGGGCCCUCUUGCGGAUGGUCUCCAGGCAGUUGAUGAACCUCCUGGAGGUCUCGGCAAGCAGCUUCGCGGCCAACCUGUCACUCACAGGUCCUUGGGCGCAGCCUGCACAGCAGAUGUUGGCCCAGGGCAUGGGGCAAAUGCUGCUCCAACGACGCCAUCAACAGGCCCUGGAGGAGUGGCACAGCGCAGUGCAGGUGGCCACGGCCAAGGCCUGUGAAAGCGCCGCCCUGUCCUCGCCAGGUAAUAAAAAGAGCCUUGAUGCAGUGAAAGCGGAGCUUCAUAGGCAGCAGGCGCUACAAUUUUGGACCCAUUACUUCCAAACCAGCGCAGGGGAGCCCAGGGAACUUCCUGUUGCUGGUGGCGGGGAUCAUUCCUGGCAAUCGUGA